GCAGAACAGGAUGGAGGCGCAGAUGGAGCAAGAGAAGGAGGGAGGUGCAGUAAAGCCUGAGAGCAAGAACGAAAAGGAUCAGAGCUGGAUUCCUAAGCUCAUCAAGAAAAGAGUCUGCACAACUUUUGUUGAAGAUGCUUUCAGUAAUGGAGCGCUCUGUCAGUGUGGUAGUGUGCGGGAAACGCAUGACUCCGUGGCGACAGGAGACUACUUUGGAGCAGCUAUUGUUACCCAGUGGGACAGCCGGCAGCACUCGUCUGAAUAUCCCACAGAUGCUUUUGGGGAGCUGGAGUUUUCUGGAGCUGGAUACAGACACAGCUAUUUUUUGCGGCUUUCAUGUGACACAUCUCCACAAAUCAUCUACCCUUUGAUGACAACCCACUGGGGCCUGCCCUCACCUAACCUGGUGGUAUCAGUGGUGGGAGAUGAGGGCCAUGAGAAGAUUAAGCCAUGGGUGAAAGAUAUCCUAAGAAAAGGCCUGGUUAGGGCUGCUCAAAGUACAGGAGCCUGGAUUUUGACGGGGGGUCUGAGAGAAGGUGUUUCCCGCUGUGUAGGAGAUGCAGUGAGAGACCACAGGGCUGCAACUUCAGCUGUGUCCCAGAAUAAAGUUGUUGCCAUUGGAGUGGCCCCUUGGGGUCGGGUGUACAACAGGCAGCAGCUUGUCAACGCCCAGGGAAGUUUCCCAGCUCGUUACUAUGUCCAGAACACAACAAAAGAUACAUGCUGCUUGGACAACAGUUGCCAAGCUUUCCUCUUGGUGGACAAUGGGAGUGUUGGAAAACGAGGUGGAGAGACGGCCUUUCAAGCUAAUCUGGAGGACUACAUCUCCCAUCAGCGCACGGGCAUUUGGGGUAGCGGCAGUAUUGAAAUUCCAGUCCUUUGCAUGCUUAUCUCAGGAGAAGCCAGUAUGUUGGAGAGAUUAGAUACGUCUCUGAAGAAAGGAACGCCCUGGCUGGUUCUUGCUGGUUCUGGUCCGGCAGCAGAUUUCAUCGGUGACCUGCUGGGUGAUCUAUCGGCUGUAAUCCUCAGCCCUACGUCUCUGGUGGCAGAUGCAGAAGCCAUCAUGGGUGUCAGCGUGGAAUUCUGUGACCGAGUCCGCGAGAAAGUCCGGAAAUACUUCUCAGCUGAGGCCGGGUUGGAAAAACUGGUUGAUACUGCUCUGAGUAUUUAUCAGAGGAGAGAUCUCAUUACUAUUUUCAAGGGGAAGCAGGAGGGACCUGAUGACUUUGACACGGUUCUUCUCAAAGCCCUUGUCAGAGCGAGUAAACGUGUGUCCAGUAAGGCCAGCGAGUACAUAGAGGAGCUUAGACUGGCUGUGGCCUGGAAUCGAGUGGACAUCGCUAAAGCUGAGCUCUUCAAUGGAGAAAUACAAUGGAAGUACGAUGACCUUGAGGAGUCCAUGACGGAUGCUCUGAUCAACAAUAAGCCCCAGUUUGUGCGUCUCUUCUGUGAAAAUGGUCUUAACAUCCUGAAUUAUCUGACAAAUGAGCGGUUGGAGACCUUGUACCGCUCGCUGUCAGACAGCUCGCUGGCUUAUAUUCUGCUCCAGAGGCGUCUCAGUGACAGGAAGAGUCUGGUUGGAUCCCUGCCCUCUGUGGAUGGAGGUGCAUCAGGUGCAGUGAAGACAUUCCAACUUGGAGUAAACACCACUGCUUCACCUUUGGAUCUUAGCUUGUAUGAGGUGUCCCGGCUGCUGCAGGAUGUCUUAGGUGAUGUCUGUGAGCCUUUCUACUAUCAAACUCUCAGGCUUGACCCCAGGAUGGGCAGUAGAAGAACUCUAAAGCAAGUCAACAGGAUUCUGCAGGAGGAAUGUACAUACCGGAACCAGCGCUGCCCCUCACCCUGGGCGGCGCUCUUCAUUUGGGCUGUUUUACAGAACCGUGCUGAAAUGGCUAUAUUCUUCUGGGAGAAGGCAAAGGAGCCUGUGCUGGGUGCACUUGGUGCCUGUACGAUACUGAGGGAGCUUUCUAAGCUUGAGAGCGAGACAGAGACCAAGCUGGCCAUGAAACAACUGGCUCAGAGGUUUGAGAACCUGGCGAACGAUGUGUUCGGAGAGUGUUACCAAAGUAGCGAGAGCCACUCCUUCACACUCCUUAUAAGGAAGUCUCUUGUGUGGGGCGGGGCUACAUGCCUGCAGAUGGCCACGGCAGCCGACGCCCGUCUGUUCUUCAGCAAUGAUGGUGUUCAGUCUCUACUGUCUCAGAUCUGGUGGGGUGAUAUGGAAAGGAAUACCGAGGUCUGGAAGCUGAUUCUAGCCUUCUUCAUGCCUCCACUCAUCUACACCAACCUGAUUAAAUUCAGGGAACCAGAGGAGGAGGUUAAUCCUUUGAUAGUUUCCCACAUCAGAGACAAUGACAGCAUAGAAGGGAAUGAUGCCACUGUCUUCUCCAUUGCUGACAUUGUACAAAAUGAGGAAGACUUGGAAGAACUGAAGACUCUGAGUGUAAAUGUAAAAGACUCUGUGCAGACUAACUCCAAACGACCAUUUAUUGUGUCAAGGUGGAGGCAGUUCUGGUAUGCACCGGUCACCUCAUUCCUGGGCAAUGUGCUGAUGUACUUCCUGUUCCUGUGCCUGUUUGCCUAUGUUCUGUUGGUGGACUUCAAGCCUCCACCCCCAGAGGGCCCCUCUUUUCUGGAAUUUGUGCUUUACUUCUGGGUUUUCACAUUAGUAUGUGAAGAGAUCCGACAGACCUUUUUUGGGGGCAGUUUGUUUUUAUUCCAAAGGAUAAAGAAGUACAUCCAGGAUAAUUGGAACAAGUGUGACCUGACAGCUAUUCUUCUUUUUCUGUUGGCUCUAAUGUGCAGAAUAUUUCCUUCGUCAUUUAAUUUUGGGCGAGCUUUGAUGGCCAUUGACUACAUGGUGUUCACACUGCGUUUGAUCCAUAUAUUUGCCAUCAACAAACAGCUUGGACCAAAAAUCAUCAUUCUUGGAAAAAUGGUGAAGGAUGUUUUCUUCUUCCUUUUCUUCCUGGGUGUUUGGCUUAUGGCCUACGGAGUGGCUCAUCAGGCGCUCCUCUACUCAUAUGACCCGCGGCCUAACUGGAUUUUUCGCAGAGUGUACUACAGGCCAUAUUUGCACAUAUUUGGGCAAAUCCCUAUUAAUGAAAUGGAUGCUGACAAACUGGAGGAAUCUGACUGCACUUACAACCAUACAGAGAUUGAGGCAGGAGCAGAACCCUGUCUGAGUACCUAUGCAAACUGGCUUGUUGUCAUCCUCCUGGUUAUAUAUCUGCUGUUUACCAACAUAGUGCUGGUCAACCUUCUCAUUGCCAUGUUCAGCUACACCUUUUCCAAAGUACAGGAGCACAGUGACAUCUACUGGAAGUUUCAACGUUACAACCUCAUCGUGGAGUACCACUCCAGACCCUGCCUGGCACCACCUUUCAUCAUCUUCUCCCAUCUCCACAUUCUUAUCAAGAGACACAUCCGUCAGAUUCCUUCCGUCAAGAGUCAGCACUUUGUUGUGGAGCUGAAAGGCAGGAAGGCCAGCUGCCUGAAUACAUGGGAGGCUGUGCAGAAAGAGAAUCUCCUGUCUGCUCAGAAUAAGAAGCUGAGAGAGAGCGACACCGCACGACUUCAGCGGACUUCUGUUAAGGUGGACAGUGUUCUGAAGCAGAUGGCAGAAAUCAGAGACCACGACCGAAGGCUGCGUGUACUUGAGACGCAGCUGGACUACUGCUGCAGCGCCCUCUCCUGGAUGACUGAAGCUCUGUCUCAAAGUAACGUGGUCAGCACCAGCCGGCCUCCUCCACUCCACAAAGAUGUUACACCACUGUCUCCAAGCUGAGCUUCAGGAUCAAACCAAUGCCAAUGCAGUGACUGUUGUGUCAUUAAGAUUUCUAUUCCGUGGACCACCUCUGAACACAACAACCCCUUAUUAACGCUGUCCACCACUGUGGCUCAGUUUAAACAUCUGCUAAGACACUAAAACUGGUUUGUUACCCAAAGUCACAGGUCAAUGAUGUACUUUGUUAAAUACAGUUUACUCAGGAAAAUCAUGUUGAAGAACUUAUAGUUUGCAAUUUGGACAGGUUUUGAGGUGUUAUGACAAAAUGUAUAUUUUAUACUUUUUUAUGAAAAGACCAGCAUACAUGUAUUUAACUUUUACUGUUUUUUUGUUAUUUGUUUUUAAAGAUAAAAUCUGGCAAAGUCUAAAAGUCCAAUCUUCACAGUGUUGGUUUCUGUUCAAUGGCAAGCAGCAUUAGCACCAUAUGUUACCAAAGAGUGCCUUGCAAAAUAAAUAAAUAAGACAUUUCUAGCCUAGUAAGAUAAUAUGGUGCUUAAGGAUCACAUUCAGUGCUUUCUGCAUUUAACAGGGCUUUCUACCCCCAAGGGUAAAAAAUAAGUAACAAAAACAUGCUAAAGCCUACUUUUUAGGCUUAAUAAUGACAGCUCAGUGGACCGACCAUUUCAUAACAAUUAUUUCCGUAAUAUUUUAAAUGAAGACAUCUUUUUUUUCCCCUGAGUUCCUCCUCUGGUUAUCUCUAAGUAACUGUAAAAAGGUUCUCUUUCCAGACUAGACAUUUUGUUAAUGACAAAUUGUUUUCAUUUACUUAUUUUUUGCAAUGAAGACAGAACCCAAACCCAGAGCAGAGAUUUAAAGAGGAGGUGGAGACAUUUCUUUCAGGAUGCCAUAAUGUUUCUGACACAGUAAAGGAGCAUGAACACAUGAACAUUAAAGAUAUGACCUUUAAAGAACAAGAACUCCUCUCCAAGGCCCUUUAAAUUAUGCCUGAUCACCUCUUAAUUUGGGCAAAACAACACUUUAUCACCGAUGCUGUCCUGAAUGUGCUAUGCAGCAAGGUUAUUAUGACUUUGAAGUGUUUUGCUCAAAACAAAUUUUAUUUAUAUAUAUUUAAAUAUAUCCCAAAGUGUUUACUAUUUGUCCCAAACCUUUUCUGUUCAGAAAUGGCUAACUGUAAAACUUUGAAUGGGAAAGCAGCUAAAGGCAUGAGAUUGUAUAUUAUCUAUGAUGCUGUUUUUUUUAUCUUUGAAUUAUUCUCUCUCUUAUGUUUAAACAAUCUGGUAGAAAAUAUAAAAGAACCCAUUUGUUUAAAUACCGGGUAAGAGCACUUUUCCCAAAAUCUGCAACUGAUUGGUUCAUCACAGACUCAUGACAAGCUGAGUGAGACAGGAGACUAAAGAGAGAGAAGGCAGCAGGAAAUCUUAGCAGCUUUAAAGCAAACCUAGGCGGAUUCGGCUGAAAUAAACACUAUCUGUACAUCAUG